AUGUCAUGCCUUAUUUCUCACAAUGCAAACUUAGCUACAAUGCAGAGGAUUAGGUACCAGUUCGUUAAUUUAAAGCCAUUCCUAUGGAAUAUAAACAGUAUAAGCCUUAACAAAAGCAUUAUGCCACUUUCAACUACGCAAACAUCUGUAAUUGAGGAAGACAAGCCUUCUCAUUGUGGACAAUGCAGACUAAAUCACAGCAAAGACUGCUGCAACAGAAAUAAUAACAAUGAAAUUCAAUAUAAAGAUGCACAUUUCCAACUACUACCCAAAAAUGAGCUAAAAUUCGUCAGAUUAAUAAGAACUUGGGAAAAACACGCUGGAUUCAUAACCCCCAUAAGAUGGGUAAACACUUUACUGAUCAUAUCAUUUCAUAUUUUUACCGUACUAUGGUUUAGCUACACAAUGUUAUAUAACAACAAGCUUAAAUGGCAAUCAGUGUUAUUUGGAUUCCUGACGGGUCAAAUUGCGGGUUUUGGUGUAACAGCUGGAGCUCAUCGCUACUGGUGUCAUCGGUCGUACAAAGCCAAAUUACCUCUACAACUAAUAUUGCUGUUCUGCUAUUCUCUUGCUGGACAGAAUUCCAUUUUCGAUUGGGUCCGUGAUCACCGGGUGCACCACAAAUUUUCUGAAACAUCUGCUGACCCACAUGAUGUCCGUCGAGGUUUCUUCUUCUCACACAUAGGCUGGCUCAUGAUGAAGAAACACCCGGAUGUGAUUACCGAAGGCAGCAAGACUGAUAUGAGCGAUAUCAUAAACGAUCCCCUCGUCAAAUUUCAUACCAAGUACUUCAAUGUAUUUAAAAUAGCCAUUUGUUUCGUAUUGCCUACACUAUUGCCAGUAUACGGUUGGAACGAGGAGUGGAAAUUCGCCGUCUUAUCACAAAUCUUCGUACGGUACAUGAUGAGCCUGAAUUUCACGUGGUCUGUUAACAGCUUUGCACACAUAUGGGGAAACAAACCAUAUGACAAAAACAUCAUGCCGACAGAAAAUAGAGGUGUAUCGAUUGUAGCCAUGGGUGAAGGAUGGCACAACUAUCAUCACACAUUUCCAUGGGACUACAAAGCUGCUGAAUUAGCUUAUUCUAUUAACGUUACCACGAUUAUCAUAGAUUUUUUCGCGUAUAUCGGUUGGGCAUACGAUCUAAAAGUGGCGUCACCUUCUUUGAUCGACGCGGUAGCAAAGAACAGAGGUGACGGGAGUAGAUAUGAAAGCUUAACUAUACAAAAUAAAUACAAUUAAUUGGAAUAAUAUAAAUAGACAUGAUAUUCGUUGAAUGAACGUGA